GCAGUGGGUAUGAGACAUAGGUUGCAAGGAGAACAAAAACUGCGACGCCAUGGCCGUUCCAGUGCUGUAUCCAACUCGAGAUGUCGUAUCUGGGUCACCUACGUCCCCGGAAAGCCGGAUUUCACCGCCUAGCAGGACUCCGCGAGGGUACUACGUUUCCAACGACUGGCGAGGCGCUUCAUCGCGCACACAUGCGAAGACCAACAUAAAGAUCAAGAGCCCGUUGCUGUCGCCCGAGGAACCGUCUGAUCUGUCUGUGCCAAGCCUAGGACAAAGCCCCAUGAUGUCGCCUCAUCUCACGCAGACACAGUCGCCACUGGAAAUAGUGUCGCCACAGGGUUCGCGAGUGGGAUAUAGCUUUGACAGCGACGAGAGCCACGGGCAUCACCAACGCGGCCGUCCCUGCUGGCAGCUGCUGUGGAUGCUGCUCUCGGUAGCGUUCAUCACGCUGCUCAUCCCGCUGAUCGUGUUUCUACUGCCGUACACACGCAUGGGCCACCGGCCACCCAACGUGGACGUCACCAGAGUGUUCAGCAAGGUUAACCGCACUUCCAGCCCGUGGCCCGCCACGCAGAUGACAACGCCGGGCUUACCGAGGGUAACCUAUGACCCUGAAGAGAACUUCCUCCUGCCGCCGGGCGAGACCAUGCAACAGUACUGCAGCAGGAAGAUUGGGCCAUGGUCAAUCCCUAAACUACCCCAUUACCUGCCGGGAGCGAACAUCACCCUCGCUCCGCGACCGAAGGAUGUACAAUUGCGGCCAGUAAUCUGCGUCUUCAACGCUAAAUAUCGACCAAAGGACGUGAAGGACGUGCUCCUGCUCCACUAUCUGCCGGUAGACUACUGCUCUGAGAUCGUCGUGUACAGCUACGCGGUGCACGGGACCUCCGGCGAGAUCGCGUCGAAGUACGAGAGCCUCAGGGACUACAUGGACGUUCUGCUGCAGAAGAAGAACAACGGCAAACUCAAGCACCGCACGAAUAACAUUACGCUGUACUUCACCGUCGGGGGAGAGCGCGAGGACAGCGCCAACCUUUCGUUGGUCGCGGCAAACGAUUCCCUUCUGCAUAACUUCGCGACAAUUGCGUCUCAUCAUGCUCGCAACAACACAUUAUGGGAGGGAAUAAAUGUGGACUGGAACUAUCCGGGAGACCCAUGCAGCCGUCCCGUCUACACACGGGACCUUUUCUUUAAGCUGCUAACGAGGCUUAACGACACUGGUCUGCGCCUCAUUGUCACCGUCCCGCCAGUGAAGUCGCGGCUCAGUCGCUACAGCCUCGACAAAAUGGUCAGCGCAGUCGACUACGUCAUCAUCAAGACGCACACGCACACGGCGUCCCCAUCACUGCGCAAUGUCGUCAGGUGCAGCGGCGACCAGAGCGUCGCGGCAGACGUUUUCAACGCAGCGCUCAGCACGUUCAACAUGACCGACAAGGCGAAUCUGGGAUACAGCAUUUCGGUGGGUCCUGAGACUUUCAAGGCACCGGCCGCCCAGCUUGGAGCUCCUGUGCUGGGUAUGAUCCAAUGGGACAACAGCACGCUUCAGCCCGGCCGGACGAGCUAUGCCUCCGUAUGCCGUAUGCCUGUUCGCAGGACAGACUCGCAUCCUCAGUGUCUCAUGGUCGCCCGCGAGAUUGACAAUCAAACUGUGCACGUGGCGACGUUCGCCGACGAGUCCGCGCUGCAUCAGCGCAUGAACCGCACGUACGCGGACCAAAUGGGCAUGGCGCCCGUGGCCGUGUUCGACAUCGACCUGGAUGACUUUGCUGGAAAGUGCACUGACGUCCCGUCACGGAGCACACGUUCACCGCUCAUACGUGCCGUGGCCACGGGGCCCGGCUGACUUGUCGGUGACGACGAGGGACGUGCAGGGAUUGAUUGACCAGGAAGCGGCCUCACUCCCUCCACGAGACACGCCUCGCCGACGGCGCAGCUCAACAGGCGUGCGCGGAUCUCGGAGUUUCAUCCCGGAAGCAAAGGAGUUGUUUCCCUAGGUUAAAUGAGCCACCUGGAAUUGAUGGCUCGAAUUUGCUGUACUGAACGAAAAUUUUGUGUCCUAACGUAGGUGCGAGAUAGUGUGGACGAUCUAGUUCGUUUUUUCUGCGCCAAUAAUAAACGCUUAUCUGACUUAAAAAA